AUGGCGGUGGGCUAUGAGAUAGAUCAGCCCUCGGCAGCGACACCGCUGAGUCCGCGCGUCAGCGACGUUUCCAACGGCAGCCGGUACAUGCGCGAGAACGACUUUCUCGAGAGCCCGAUGCGCAGCCCGGCGAGUGUGGUGAGCAUGUGGAGCGAGGGCAAGAAGAAGAUGAGUGGGAAGCUGCGGCAUGCGAUUGGGAUAGCGCUGUUGCUGGCGACGGUGUUCUUGUGGACGACGAGUAAUUUUUUGGCGAGUACGAUAUUCGCAGACGAUUCCUACUCCAAGCCGUAUUUUGUUACGUACAUCAACACGACCUUCUUCAUCAUACCCCUGAUCCCCAUGUUCGUACAGCACCUCUGGCUCGACCGCUCGAAUGCCAUAUAUCAAAAGCCCCUGCUCACCCAGCUAUCCGACCUGCUAUCCCGGCGGGCUGGCAAAAUUUCCCUCCUACGAGACCACGAAUCUUCCUCGUCCAGCAUAUCCUCCAAAGCCGCAUCCCGCAGCAGCGACGCCGAAGCCGCCGAAGUUCUCCUGGGCUCCAGCACGCAGGCCUCGCAAGAACUCCCCGAAGAAGACACAGGCCUGACACUGAAAGAAACCGCACACCUCGCGCUGGAAUUCUGCAUCCUAUGGUUUCUCGCAAACUACUUUGCUGCCGCCUGUCUCGAAUAUACCACCGUCGCAUCCAGCACAAUCCUCUCAUCCACAUCCUCCAUCUGGACUUUGCUAUCCGGCAGCCUAAUGCGCGUCGAGCGCUUCACCGUGCGUAAACUCAUCGGCGUGUGCGCAUCCCUCGCCGGCGUGGUGCUGAUAUCCCUGGUCGACGUGUCCGGCGAAACAGACGAGAACCGCGGCUCCUUUCCACACAAGACGCCGCGCGAACUAGCCGUCGGCGACGUCAUGGCCUUUGUAUCCGCCGUGCUGUACGGCUUCUACGCCGUGUUCAUGAAGAAGCGCAUCGGCGACGAGUCGCGCGUCAACAUGCCGUUGUUCUUCGGCCUCGUCGGACUGUGGAACACCAUCUUGCUCUGGCCGGGCUUCUUCAUCCUGCACUUCACGCGCAUCGAGACGUUUGAAAUGCCGCCUACCGGCAAGAUCCUGACUAUCGUGCUCGUCAAUUCUGCGUCAUCGCUCGUGUCGGAUUUCUGUUGGGCGUACAGCAUGCUCCUGACAAGCCCGCUCAUCGUCACCGUCGGGCUCAGUCUGACUAUUCCGCUCUCGCUUGUGGGCCAAAUUGUGCUGGACGCGCAGUACGCGAGUAUAUGGUACUGGAUCGGUGCGCUGAUCGUGGUGCUGUCAUUCGUGUUCAUCAAUCAUGAAGACCGGAAGGAUGAGGAGGAAGGGACGCAGCAGGGACAAGAGCCUGUUGUAGAUUUGAGGGGUGGGUUUCAGAGUGUGAGGCAGAGCUUGAGUAGGAGUAGGAGGAAUAGUAGCGUGAGGGGGAGCUUGAGUCGGAGGGGCUCGAGGGGGGAGGAGUAG